AAAAUAUUAAGUAUAAUCUGAUGAAAAUUGAGGAGUAUUUUCCAAGUAUCGAGCAGGCAAUUGAGAGUAUCGGAUCUCUAGAAUUCGACUAUCCGAAGCCUUUUACGAAUUCUCUGUUGAAAUUGCAGGAUAUUGUCAUGCUUAUUCGAGAUGCAGAAGCUCAUGAGAGUCGGUUAUUUACGCUGGAAAAAGGGAAGAAAGAGCCUCAGAAGAAGAUCUUUGGACAGACGUUGGAAAUGUCGGUAACUCCGUUAAAAAGCAAAGAACCACAGUCACCGGAAAUAUUGUUAGCAGCAGCACAAAAACUUCUAAAUAUAUAUCAUUUCCCAGAGAUAGAAGAACGAAUUGUAAUGCUUCUUGAAAAAAAUCGUAAACAUCUUGAAAGUAUAGAAAAUUUAGAAACAAAGAUUGAUUCGGUAUAUGAAUAUAUGUUUAGUUGAAGUUUUUAAGGCGUUAACAGCAGCGUAUGCAACUGGAUUUGCUUUUAACGAAUAAUGAUUUUGAUUUUCAAGAUAAAAAUGAAAUUAUAACCGAUGAAAUGAUUCAAGAAGAAAAGGAAGAAGUAGCAAGAUUAGAAUAUGAGUUAGAAUUAAGGAGUAGGGAAUUAAAAGGGAUUGAAUAGUUUUAUUUUUUGGGUUUAGAAAGUGAUUGUAUUUUUACAUAAUAGA